CUUCGAAGUACGGUUUGGGAACAUCUCCGUCACCCGAAUUGGUGGCGACAGCUAUCUCGAACUUUAUCAGACAAAAGUGGAAGAUUCGGUGGUCACUUGACAUGAUACAAUAAAAAGGGGUUGUCAUCUCGGUUCAGUUCGUAGUCGACGAGUGAGUGGUAAAUCAGUUGCUGCGAGGAAUCGUGUUCUGCUGGUAAAAUGAACGGUCGGAUCUGUUUGGCCGCAGUGCUACUGCUGGUGGCAGCAGUAGCCAAUGGUUUCCCCACCAAGCGCAGUUCCGAUAUUGAUUGUACGGUUGAUGGCCAUCAGGGUAUUUAUGUGGCACACCCGGAUUCGUGUACCAAGUACAAGGUCUGCUUCAAUGGAGGAUUGGUAGAUGGUAGCUGCCCUGAUGGAUUGUACUUCGAUGAGUCAACUCAAGGAUGCGACCUGCCGGAGCGAGUACAUUGCCACCUGGCUGAAGCCGAUGAUGAGGAGGAAGUUGAAGCCCCGGAGGAAGAAGUAACACCACCAGAGGAGGAAGAGGAGGAAGUUGAAGCCCCGGAAGAAGAAGUAUCACCACCAGAGGAGGAAGAGGAGGAAGUUGAAGCCCCGGAGGAAGAAGUAUCACCACCAGAGGAGGAAGAGGAGGAUGAUGAGGAAGUUGUCCCAGAAGAGGAGGAAGAGGAAGUUGAUGGUGAAGAAGAGCAAGAGGAACCUGCCCCAGAAGAAGAAACUGAAGCUGAAGAAGUUGCCCCCGAACAGGACGACGAUGAGGAGGCCGAGCCAGAGAAGAAAAACAAAUUGAACCAUCGUGAUGAUGACGAUGAUGAAGAAAAAGAAGAUGAACAGGUAGAGGAAGAAGAAGUUACCCCAGAAGAAGAAGGAGAGGAAGCGGAAGUUGAUGAAGUUGUCCCAGAACAAGAUGACGAUGAUGAGGCCGAGCCAGAGAAGAAAAACAAAUUGAACCAUCGUGAUGAUGACGAUGAAGAAGAAGAAGAGGAACAGGUAGAGGAAGAAGAAGAAUUUGUCCCAGAAGAAGAAGUCGAAGAAGAAAUCAACGAAGAUGAGGAACCUCAGCCAGAGGACGACGAAGCCGAAGUAGAUGAAAGCAAAAAACAGAAAAAUGUCGAUGAUGAUGAUGAUGAAGAGGAGGAGAAUGUCGACGAAGAAGCAGAGCAGGAGGAAGAAGUCGAGCUCCCAGCAGAAGAGGAAAACGUUGAAGUAACAGAAGAUGUGGAAGAAACCGAAGGUGGUAAGAAAAAGAGAGCUGUCGACGACGAUGAUGAGACAGAUGAAGACACGGAUGAAGACACCACAGAAGAAACGGAGGAAGAGACGGAGGAAGAGACGGAGGAAGAAACGGAGGAAGAAACUGAGGAAGAAACGGAGGAAGAAACCGAGGAGGAAACUGAAGAAGAGACCGAAGAAGAAACGGAAGAAGAGACUGUAGAAGAAGAGACUGCUGAAGAACCGGAAGAAGAGACUGUAGAAGAAGCCGAAGAAGAUGAACAACCCGCUCCAGAAGCUGAGGCCGAAGAAGAGGAACCUGCUGACGUUGAGGAGAGCAACCCAGAAGAAGAGGAAGAAACCCAAGAAGAUGCGCCAGUUGAAGAAGAUGAAAGCAAAUAUUCUACGGAUAGUGAUGACGAAGAUGAAGAAGUCAACACCACAGAAGACGAAGAAGAGGAAUCAGUCCAGGAGCCUGAGGAAACACCCAACGAUGAAGAAGAAACCCCAGAAGAGGCAGAAAAUGAGGAUGAGGAGUCUGAAGACGAUGACCUAAUUCAUACUCCAGAUAACACCCUACCAGAGGUGGAAAAUCCAGAAGAGGAUACUGAAAACGAGGCUGAGGAUUCCGAACCAAAGCUGAGGUAUUAGCUGGAAGCAGCAUUUCGCCAAUAUUUGGCCCCCAUUAGAAUGUAAGAUAGCAAUACUUUCGACAUAUUAUGUUUUGUUUCCAUGAACCGUUGUAAAACAAAAUGAAGAAAUUUCCGCAUAAAACUUUUGAGUUGAACCAAACAACAUAGCUUUUCUAUUACUAAGAAUUCUCUCUCGUAUCUAACGUAAACAAUAUCCUCGUGCUAUCUCCUACGAUAUCACCGUACUCAACAACAAAAGCUUCAUCCGGAGAACAGAUCCGCUCCACUUGACGAUAUAAUUUAUCAAACGGCUUAAAACUGAUGUUUAUUUAUCUUUUGACCAUUUAGAAGCUCACCAGCCUUACCUUAUAUACAAAUAUAGAGCAAAAACUCUUCACAAUCGCACGCUUCUUCAUCAGUUCCACUUUCACGAUGAACUCGAACACUUUACUUUCUGCUCUUGUUCACGUAGCUUUCUGCGCCUCAGGAUUAGCCCAGGAUGUUCCCGAAUCAAUCUGCUCCGGCAUCAGCUUUGGAAUACUACCACAUCCAACCAAUUGCCAGAAGUACAUCGCUUGCGUACUCUCUACGGCUUCGGUGAACGAAUGCGGCUUUAAUUUUGUAUUUCAUCCGCUUGUGUCGUUCUGCGUCCCGCGCUCCGUGUACCAAUGUCCAAACGAAGCACAACCAACACCAUCUCCGUCAACUGAAGCACCACCGUCUACGACAAACGUGCCGGAAGUGUCCUCAACGCCAAGCAGUUGCCCAGAGAGCUCGUGGGAGUCCACAUUCUGUCGUGGCCAUGUAUCCGAUCUAAUUCGCAACCCGUUCAACUGCACCCAGUACAUUGACUGCAAGCUGGAAACGCGAACCAACAGAGAAUGCCCUCCGGGAAAGGUCUUCAGCCUACCGUAUCAGGAUUGCUUCCCGGGAGAUUCAGGUCGCUGCCUUUUGAAGCCGAUUGAUCCCAGCUUUUGUGAAACGCGACCGGACGGCAACUAUCCCCAUCCGUAUCGGUGCAAUAGGUUUGUGACGUGCUUCCGAAAUAGUGCACGCGUGGAAUCGUGUCUACCAUAUCAUGUGCUCAAUCCAGCGACGAUGCAAUGCGUGAAAGGUGACGUGCUAGGGUGUUCUUCUUUGUUAUCACAAGCGUAGAUAAGAGAAACGAAGUGACGCAUCGCGA